UUGCGUAGAAAACUUCUUGUAAGAAUUAAAGUGUACCAACAAGAAAAUAUGUACUCUUAAAAAUGCUUAAGAUUUAUAUUUUUGGAAUUUUAUAAUUUUUAAUAAAUAUUGGCGACAUAACAAAAUCUAUAUUGGAUUUUAAGCUAAAAAUGGUUUUUGGAUCAAAACCGUUGAUUCGAGUGUUUUAGGGUUUGCAUUGUCGUCGACGUACUUUUGUUUUUCUUUUUUUCGCUGUUGCUUCUUCUUCUUCCUUUCUUGAAUCCCACAGUCAAAACCCUGUCCUCGCAGGUUCCUUCUGCCUUUCCGUGCAAGAUCUGAGGAGAUCUUUUCCAUGGACGAACACAAGGAGGAAGGUGGAUUUGUUGGUAAUUGCCAAGAGUCUGUGAAGGAAGCUGGUGAGAAACUUGGUGUAUCUGUUAAAACUGAAACCCUAGGUUCUAAAGUUGAUGUUCAUGUGGAGGACUGUAACUGGGAUGCUAGUAUGGUAGAGGGUUCGGACCAUGUUGUGAAACCGCUGAACGAGACAGAGGGUACUGAGCCUUUUGAUGAUGUUGAAAUAUGCGAGGAAACAGUUGCCUCAGGUGAGGUUGAAAUUACAGAUGAUACAGUGACACCAGAGGUUGAGAGGAAAAAUGGUGAAAUUGAAAGCACACAAACGGAGAAGACAGUAAUCUCAGUCGGUAGUGAUGUGACUGAUGAGAAAGCAAAGUGCGAUGUUGAAGCUGAAUCGGGUGGUGAAGGUGAAGUUGGGGAAACCAAAGUUGUUGAUACAGAAAAAAGUUCAGAUACUGCAGUGAUUAAGGGCAGUGAAGAGAAGAAAUCGGUAAAAAAGAGCGAGGAGGAUGAUGAAAAAAUGGAUUGUGAUAGUGAAAAUAUGAUUAGCGAGGUGAAAGACGAGAAAGUUGGUCCUUUACGUGGUGUACAGAUAAAUCCCGAGACUUCAGAACCUGUUCCAGCUCUGGAGGAGCCUGACCGAGUUACAAAAGGGGAAAUUUCUGAGGUUGUCGAUGGGGAGGAACUGAAAGCCGAAGAGGGUAAUGCUCAUGACUCCACAAAGCAUACUUCUGUCGCAGAAACAAGUCCUGAAGAACAAAUUACGAACAUUGACCACAGAAAAGAAAUGGGAGAAGCCAUGGAAAUUGAUGAACUUGGUGGCGUUGCGGGGAAUGUUGACAAGGAAUCUUCUGAUGCAAAUACGAUAAAAACUCCAGAUGUUUCAAUAGGUUCCAAUGUUGAGAAGAAGAAAGAGACUCGGAAUAAAUACGUCGAGGAGCAAGGGGAUAAUGAUGGUACGGUGGAGGAUGUUACGGAUAGAAUCGUCUCUAAAGAUUCAACAGACCCGGACAAUCCUAUCGAAGGUGCUUCUACAGGUGAAGUUGAACAAAUGGAUCAUAAUGUUCUUUUUGAUCCAAAUUCUGAUAUUGCCAACUAUAUUGAUUUCAGUGGUGUAUCAUCUUGGUCAGGCAAUAGUCAAGAAAUAAGAACUGACAGUGGGAAUGUAUCUGGGGAAGAUAAUACAGACGUUGCUGACACAGCAAAGGGAGUUACCACUGUGAAUGGUCAAGAUGGUCUUAAACCCGAUAUCGAGGUAAAAGGGUCAUUUGGAAAUCUUCAAGAACCAGUGUUAAACGGGUCCAAAGGCAAGGACACAGCAACCAAUCUUGAAUCUCGUGAUCCAAGCACAGUUGACGGAAUGGAAUUCGACAGAGGGGGUGUGGAUUCUGUAAAUAAUCAAGCACAUGAUCGUCCAGCUUCUGCUUCAGAUCAUCCGAAAGAGAAUUCUGAUGCAAAUUUGGGUUCUUCUGUUGGUGAAGAACACCGAGAAGGGGAAAGUACAGAAGAACAAAAAGAUAUGAUCACAGAGCAAGAGGGUGAUGCACACAAAGCUCCUAACGUUGAUCCAAACCAGAUGCUAGAUACUGAAAUGGCAGAGAAACCCGAGGGUUCUGAACAUGACGAAGAAUCGUCACGAGAAUUCAGGAAGGCCAUUUCAGCGGCAAGGGUGUCUGUUAGCCCGUAUCACCCCCAGACGCCAUCCUUUGAAAUCGGCUCAUGCAUAGCCAGAGCCGCUAGCCAGAUGGCAGGCCCUGCUUCAGUUUCGAAGGAUAGUACUUUCAAUGAUGAUCUUUCUGCCGAAAAUUUUCUAUCACAGCUUCAAUCCGCAGCCACAGAUCCUGUGAAAGAAAAUGUUGUUUCCGAGAUUGCUGCUGGAUUUUUCUUAGUCUACAGAGACUCGAUGGUUUCGCAACAUCCACCUCCUGGUAAAGUGAGCGGCAAAAGAGUUAGAUCGUCGGAUUCUAAUAUAGGAGGAACAGAAGCAUUUGAGUUUGAAGAAACGGAUGACAUGUCCUGGACUGACAGGGUGAUCCAUAAACGUGGUGUAGAGCAAACACCACCAGAUGAAAAAGGAGAUUACGAGAUUGUGCCGGUUGAGUUGAAACCUGCUCAGAUUAAAAGGAGUCGUCGGCCGUACACUAAAAGGAAACAUGCCGAGAGUACCAAUAGUAACAAUACCAAUAAUACUAGUUCUCUUUUGGCCUCGGAUAAACCAGCGGGCUUUCACGAGAAUGCACCGGCUGAGCUGAUAAUGAACUUCUCGGAAAUGGAUAUUAUGCCUUCAGAGAUAAGCCUGAACAAAAUGUUUAGGCACUUUGGACCGAUACGGGAGUUUCAGACAGAAGUAGACAGGGACACCGGCCGGGCGAGAGUAGUUUUCAAGAAGUGUGCUGACGCUGAAGUUGCUUACAAUAGCGUGGGAAGGUUCAAUAUCUUCGGGGCGAAGGUUGUGAAUUACGAGCUCAGCCAUACAAUUGCAGAACCUUUUAAAAUUCAGCCUUAUGUCGUGACUUUAGGCCAGGAGAAUUCUUCAGCCAUGAUUCAGUCUAGUAGUGUGAACCGAGACAGAAGAAUGCUGGCUUAAAAGUUUUCUUUUUUAGCUCGGUAUCCAUAAUACCCAAUCAGAUGGGUUCUGGAAAGCGGUAUUUUGAACAAAGAUUCGGUUGAAAGCUAACGCUAUGGACGAUAAAAGUGUCACGGACAUGCGAUGAGGCCAUGCCCGGAUAAGUUCUACUUGGUUGUUCCGCAUCAAGUGAAUAAAUUUGACGAAAACAUGCGUGCUUCAUCUUGGAGCUGGUCAUGUUACUGUUUCAUUGUUUGUUUGAUCAUG